AUGGUAUCCAUUCGUUAUAUCGGUCAAAGUUUGAGCUUAUUUCGACUUGCCUUGUCUGCUGCGCCAGUUCAAACCAAUUCUCCGGACGCAACAUACGUUGCUAACUUCACCAGUAGAGUCGAAGGCUCGAUUAGCUUUUCUGCCACCAAUGGUUCCGUGCUGGUAGAUGUGAACUUGAGCAAUUUGCCAUCUUCUGGCGGUCCCUUUUUAUACCAUAUCCAUCAGCUGCCGGUUCCUAGUGACGGUAACUGUACGGGUACUGCAGGUCACCUAAAUCCAUAUAACGGGUCUGAAGCUGCCACUUCCCCCGCAGAUAAAGAAGUCGGCGACUUAUCAGGAAAGCACGGUAGAAUCAAUGGCCAAUCAUUGCAAACUAGUUACAUUGAUGAAUAUCUUUCUUUGAACGAUAAUGAUCCUGCGUUUAUAGGAAAUUUGUCUGUGGUGGUUCACUAUGCCAAUACGACUAGGAUUGCGUGCGCUAAUAUAACGGAGAUGUUUGCAAAUUCAUCGCAACCAAGUACCUCGAGGGCUUCACAGGGUCAAUUUUCUGUUUCCUCUGCAGGUGGUGGAGCAGGAACAUUCAAUAGCGGCUUUUUGAUGGUUGUUGGAGCCUUUUUUGGUGAAUUGGGUCUAUUGAUAUGA